AUGUCAUCGAAAUCCAAACAAAAACCAAAGAAAUGGGAUAGUAAAUCCAUGCAUGCAGCUAUUACUGCAGUUAAAAACAAAGAAAUGGCGUACUUGCAAGCUUUAAAAACUUUAAAAGUAUCCAAGAGCACGUUGGAAGACUACGUAAAAAAUAAAAUAAAGUCACCUGAAGAACUUAUUCAAACCAAAUGGGACGUCCACCAAAGUUUUUCAAAGAAAUUAAAGCGGAUUUGGUGGACUAUUGCCUAA